AUGGAGGGAGCAGGCGAGGAACGUGGCGGGAAGCGGGCGCGGAGCGGAGGAGCGCGGUGGGCGUCGGACGGAGCUCCCGGAGGCUACUUUGCGGCGUACUCAGCGCCGGGCAUCCAUGCGGACAUGCUGGCGGAUCGGGUGCGGCUGGAGGCGUACUUUGCCGCACUGAACGCGGGCGCGGUGGAGGGCAAGGUUGUGCUGGAUGUCGGGACUGGGACCGGCGUGCUGGCGUGCAUGGCGGCCAAGGCCGGAGCGGCCAAGGUGGUUGCCGUCGACGGGUCGGCGGCGGCGGCGGCGGCGGCCGAGGCCAUGGUGGCCGACAACGGCCUGGGCCACAUCGUGACAGUUGUCUGCUCGCCAGUAGAGGAGCUGGAGCUGGAGGAGGCCUCGGUUGACGUCAUCGUCUCCGAAUGGAUGGGCUACGCGCUCAUCUACGAGUCGAUGCUCCCGUCGGUGGUCUUUGCCCGCGACGCCUUUCUCAAGCCGGGCGGCCUGGUCCUGCCGUCGCGGGCGCUGCUUUAUGCGGUCCCGUUCACCUCGCACACUGGAAUGGUGGAGGAGCUUGAUUCGGCGAGCGCCACCGCAGCGGUGCCGGAGCUUGCACUGCUCGACGCGUGGGACGCGCAGCAGCGGUUCGGGCUGCGCUGGCGGGCGCUGCGCCCAUUCUUUGCCUCGGGCUCGGGCGGACUGCCCGACGCGGCGACGGCGGCAAGACUCACUGUUGACGAGCUUGAGCCCGAGCUGGUCGCCGCCGAGCCGGGACUGGUCCUGGAUCUGGACCUCAGCACGGUGGCCGCCACCGAGCUGGUGGCUGGCGCGGCGACGCUGAGCGAUCUUGUCUUUUCCACCCGCGCGACUAUGGGCACUCCGCUGGCAGGCAUCUGCCUCUACUUUGACACUGUCUUUGAGGCCGCCGACGUUGUGCUCACCACCUCGCCGCUCUCACCGCCGACCCACUGGGCGCAGACGCUGCUGCAUCUGCCGGCUUCGGCCCACCGCCAGCUCGACCUCGACUCGCAUGUCUCGGGCCGCAUCUCGCUCCUCCCAGACUUUGCGCCGGGCCAGGAGCGCAACCUCGCCAUUCAUCUGGAGCUCGACGAGCAUGGCGAGCCUGGCCCGCGCUACGCCUUUCUCCUCGAUGCCGUUGAAGUCCGGGCGGCGCGGGCGCCGUGACGACAGGCACCGCUCACCACAGGUCUUCUACUCGCAGUCGCUAACAGGCCCGGACGCAGAUGCGGAUGCGAUGCCAAGACAGGAUGUGGG